CCUCUCUCUCUCUCUCUCUCAAAUUUAAUGCAUUACUUCAACGUUAAUAUCUUCUGCAUAACGGUAUCAUCAGCUUCUGCGGUGUCUUCCCGUCGGCUCUCGGAACACUAAAACUCCGACCAACUCAGCUUUCAAAGUGCAGGAAGCUUUGUUGAACAGAAAUGGCGGGCGAUCAACUGCAAGUGCUUAACGCACUUGAUUUGGCAAAAACACAAUGGUACCAUUUCACGGCAAUCGUCAUUGCCGGAAUGGGAUUCUUCACCGACGCAUACGAUCUCUUCUGCAUUUCUCUGGUCACUAAACUGCUCGGCCGGAUUUACUACCACGUCGACGGCGCGGCGAAGCCGGGGACUCUGCCGCCGAACGUUUCCGCGGCGGUGAACGGCGUCGCGUUCUGCGGGACGCUGGCGGGGCAGUUGUUCUUCGGGUGGCUCGGGGAUAAGCUGGGGAGGAAGAAGGUGUACGGAAUGACGUUGAUGAUGAUGGUGAUUUGUUCAGUCGCGUCGGGGCUCUCGUUCGGCCACACGCCGAAGAGCGUGAUGGCCACGCUCUGUUUUUUCCGGUUCUGGCUCGGAUUCGGGAUCGGCGGCGACUACCCGCUCUCCGCCACUAUAAUGUCGGAGUACGCCAACAAGAAGACGCGCGGCGCGUUCAUCGCCGCCGUGUUCGCGAUGCAGGGGUUCGGGAUCCUCGCGGGCGGGAUGGUGGCGAUUAUAGUCUCCGCGUCUUUCAAAUCCGCGUUCCCCGCCCCGGACUACGCGUUCAACGCCACGCGCUCCACGGUCCCGCAGGCCGACUACGUCUGGCGGAUAAUCCUCAUGUUCGGCGCUCUCCCCGCCGCGCUGACCUACUACUGGCGAAUGAAGAUGCCGGAAACCGCCCGGUACACCGCCCUGGUCGCCAAGAACGCGAAACAGGCGGCCUCGGACAUGUCCAAAGUUAUGCAGGUUACAAUAGAAUCUGAGCCAGAGAAAAUUAGUCAAGAAGCUGAAGGAAAUAACCAAUUCGGUCUUUUUACCAAACAAUUUCUCCAACGCCACGGGCUCCAUUUACUCGGAACUACCACGACCUGGUUCUUACUCGACAUCGCGUUUUACAGCCAAAAUCUCUUCCAGAAAGACAUAUUCUCUGCCAUUGGAUGGAUCCCAAAAGCCGAAACCAUGAACGCGCUCGAGGAGGUCUAUAGAAUCGCCAGAGCCCAGACGCUAAUCGCCCUCUGCAGCACAGUCCCGGGCUACUGGUUCACCGUGGCAUUAAUCGACAAAAUGGGGAGAUUCGCCAUUCAAUUAAUGGGAUUCUUCUUCAUGACCGUUUUCAUGUUCGCCUUAGCCAUACCCUACACCCACUGGACCCACAAAGACAACCGAAUCGGCUUCGUAAUCAUGUACUCCCUAACCUUCUUCUUCGCCAAUUUCGGCCCAAACGCCACCACAUUCGUCGUCCCGGCGGAGAUUUUCCCGGCCAGGCUGAGAUCCACCUGCCACGGAAUCUCCGCGGCGGCCGGGAAAGCCGGCGCGAUUGUCGGCGCGUUCGGGUUUUUGUACGCCGCGCAAUCCACUGAUCCUAAGAAGACUGAUGCGGGGUAUCCUCCUGGGAUUGGUGUUAGAAACUCUCUCAUUGUUCUUGGAUGUGUGAACUUUUUGGGCAUGUUGUUUACGUUGUUGGUGCCGGAAUCUAAAGGGAAAUCGCUGGAAGAGAUGUCGAGAGAGAAUGGGGAAGAAGAAGAGAGUGGAAGUGAGAUGAGAGCACAGGUGCGAACAGUGCCGGUUUAAUUACUAUUACUAGUCUUAAAAACAUGUUUACAUCCUAGUAAUUAACGUUGUAUGGGUUUAGUGACCAUAGCAGCACUAAGUCUCAUGAAGCAUAAUAAGUAUGCUGUCAUAUGAUAUGAUGAGAUUUUUUUUUUUUUUUUAAUGAAAAUAGUAGAAUUGCAAUAAAAUCUGAUAAUGUCUAGUUCUGUUUUGAGUGCUA